GUUGUGCAGGUAUAAAAGCAGAGGAGGGGAGGUGGAGGCAGCCAUAAAGGACAAAGAAACUCCACAGGAAGAUGAAGAUGACCGAGAUGUUCGAGGUCCUUCUGACCUUUCUGAUGCUCCUGAGCUGCACCCAGGGGCAAACAAGCGGAACAAAUGCAACAGGGACCAGUAACGGCACUGAUUCGACAAGUUCGACUCCAAUGACCAUGCCGACGUCCGUCCAAACCUCCGUCCCCUCCGGCAGCCCACCGACCUCACAUGCACCUCCGGCCUCCUCCACCCUCCUAGCUACCACCACCUCAUCCCAGGGACCUGUAAACUCCUCUGGGACUACUGAAAGCCGUGGAGAACCAGCCUCCACCACUCUCCCAGCUACCACCACCUCAUCCCAGGGACCUGUAAACUCCUCUGGGACUACUGAAAGCCGUGGAGAACCAGCCUCCUCCACCCUCCUAGCUACCACCACCUCAUCCCAGGGACCUGUAAACUCCUCUGGGACUACUGAAAGCCGUGGAGAACCAGCCUCCACCACUCAGUCGUCCACAGCCUCCACCGGAGGCAGCAGUGCUUCGACGAUCUCAGCUACGACGUUACAUGGAGGAUCUGAAGCUCUGUUUGGAGGCUGCAGUCAGCUGAUGGUGGCCUCCAUCUCUGUCCUCAUCUACUGGACCCAAGGCUGAAAGAGUGAAAUCACAGACUCUGGUUCUGUUUUACAUUAAACCCAAAAAUCUUGUAUAUGAAAGUUAAAAAGAUGGAGCCCUAUAUUAAUACUCUAAUGGCUAUGAAGUACUUUGUUUGCACUGAGCUCUUUUCCACCUUUUAAACUGUUGCACAAAUAUAUAGAAGCUACAUAAACUCCAUAUUUUACACGUUAAAGCUUUAUUUCUGUCAUGAACAGUGAAAGGAAACAAAAAACUGUGUUUUUAUGGCAAUUAAAAGGAGAAUUGAACUAA